AUGAAAUCAGAAUCGAGGGAAAAUUUAGUGAGAUCAAAUGCUUCAAGUCAAGAUGAUGUUAACCGAAUAGUUCAUGACGAGGGCUCAGAUAACGAGUUUGAUAAUAUUCCUGAAAAUAUUUUAACUGCGACGGAAAAAAAGUUUUUGUUAACUGCUGAACGUGGUGAUUGUGCAACAGUGAAAACACUUAUUCAAGAAUUUCGUGGUCAGCCUGAAGAACUUAACAUCAAUUGUGUUGAUCCUUUGGAAAGAUCAGCAUUGAUAGCCGCAAUUGAGAAUGAAAAUAUUGAAUUGAUUCAUUUGUUGCUUGACGAAAAGAUUCAUGUUAAAGACGCUCUUUUGCAUGCUAUCAAAGAAGAAUACGUUGAAGCAGUUGAAACACUUUUACAAUAUGAAGAACAAACUCAUAUUGCUGGUGCCCCGUACAGUUGGGAAUCAGUUGACCGUUCGUCAUCGAGUUUCACACAAGACAUUACUCCACUCAUUCUCGCCGCUCAUAAGAAUAAUUACGAAAUCUUAAAGAUUCUGCUUGAUCGUGGAGCUUCAUUACCAAUGCCUCAUGAUGUGCGAUGUGGUUGCGAUGAAUGUGUUGUAUCAUCAGAAGCCGAUUCUCUUCGACACAGUCAGUCACGCAUUAAUGCUUACAAAGCAUUAUCAUCAAGUUCGUUGAUUGCAUUGAGUUCACGCGAUCCCAUUUUAACUGCAUUCGAGUUAAGCUGGGAAUUACGACGAUUAAGUCGAAUGGAAACCGAAUUUCGGGCUGAAUAUAAUGCGAUGAGAAAAAACACGCAAGAUUUUGCAACAGCGUUGUUGGAUCAUUCAAGAACGAGUAAUGAACUUGAAAUCAUGUUGAAUUACAAUCCAAACGGUGAAAAUUGGGAACCUGGAGAAAGACAAACAUUAGAUCGUCUCAAACUUGCUAUAAAAUAUAAACAGAAACAAUUUGUAGCUCAUCCAAAUGUACAACAAUUGUUGGCGAAAAUUUGGUACGAAGGUUUGCCGGGAUUUCGUCGUAAAGGAAUGAUUGGACAAUGUUUUCAAGUUGCUAAAUUAGCAUCAAUGUUUCCCUUCUACUGCACUGUUUAUAUGUUGGCGCCAAACUCAGAAAUUGGACAAUUCAUGAAGAAACCUUUCGUUAAGUUCAUCACACACUCAGCAAGUUAUGCCUUCUUUCUAACUUUGUUGGGAGCUGCAAGUCAACGUGUUGAAUUUUUGUUAUUGGAAUGGCUUGACAAUCCUUGGAUUGAUUCAAUUUUGGAAGAGUGGAAGGCACAUGAACGUGGUGCUUUACCAGGAUUUGCUGAAUUUGCUUGCAUGAUCUACAUCGUCAGUUUGAUCUGGGGUGAGAUACGACCAUUGCAAGUGUCAUUGGGACGAAUGAUAAUUGACAUCAUCAAAUUUUUCUUCAUUUAUACACUCGUGUUGUUUGCAUUUGGAUGUGGCUUGAAUCAACUCUUGUGGUAUUAUGCGGAUUUGGAGAGAGACAUAUGUUAUCAUGAUUCAAGUGGUGAACCAGAUUUUGAUGAUCAAGAGAAAGCUUGUGCUGUUUGGCGACGAUUUGCAAAUUUAUUUGAAACAUCGCAAUCACUGUUCUGGGCGUCUUUUGGCUUAGUAGAUUUAUUGGCUUUUGACUUAAAAGGAAUAAAAAGUUUCACUCGUUUUUGGGCUUUGCUUAUGUUUGGCUCUUAUUCGGUUAUCAACAUAAUUGUUUUGCUAAACAUGCUGAUUGCCAUGAUGUCAAACUCUUAUCAAAUCAUUUCGGAGAGAAGUGACAAGGAAUGGAAAUUUGCACGUUCUCAUUUAUGGAUAAGUUACUUCGAUGACGGUGCGACAUUGCCACCACCUUUCAACUUAUUCCCAACAGUUAAAGUCGUCCGCUGUGGGGAGAAUAAAAGAUGUACUGUUAGUAUCAAAAAACGAUCUCAAGAGAAAGCAAGAAAACGACAUGACAAUGUAAUGAAGCUUUUGGUUCGUCGAUAUGUUUGUGAUGAACAAAGGAAACGAGAUGAUUUUGGUGUAACUGAAGAUGAUGUCAUGGAAAUUCGUCAAGAUAUUAGCACUUUACGUUAUGAGUUAAUUGAUAUCUUCAAUAAAAAUGGAAUGAAAACUCCAACUGUUAAUCGUGAUGCAAAUAAUGUUGCUGGAAAGAAAGGAAAAAUGAUGGAGAGAAGAAUUUUGAAAGAUUUUCAAAUUGGAAUUGUUGAAGGAAUUAUUAAUGAGACACUUCAUAGUGCUGAAGAACCUAAAGAUGUUUUCAGUGCAAUUGCUAAAGCAAUUGGAAAACGCUCCAGUUCUAAGAUGAAAAAAGAGGAUUGGAACACGAUGGUACGUAAAAGCACCAGAAGAAAUAAUCCAAUUGGAUCAACAUCUGAAGCAUUACAACGUCAACGUUCUCGUCAGAGUUUGCGUCGUCAAAUAAUGGAAUCUCAAAAUUCCGGAAUUACUAUGAACACUGAAAGUUUGUUAGAAUUUAAUCCUAAACUUGCUGAUGUAAGUCACACGACAAGAGUUGCUUAUGCUAAAUUUAUGACAUCAAAAAUUAAGAAGGAAUUGAAAUUUGAAAAUGACAAAAUUCAGAUAGAAAAUGAAAAAGUUCGUGCACGUGGAAUUAAAGCUUUGAAUAAAUUUAAAGCAAAUGCUGGUAUUUUGAAGAAAGCAGUGGAAACUAUAAAGGAAUCCACUGAUAAUGAAGUUCCAUCAACUUCAGGAAAUAUUAUUCAAUCUGUUGAAACAGAUCAUUUAACAAUUAAAGAUUUUCGAGCAAGAACACCGAUUGAAGAAGAUCCUAGAGAAGAAAUGCAAACACCUAAUCGGUCUUCGACUCCUGACAGUACUUUAAAUGCAUCAACACCUACACCAACUCCAUUUCCAAGUGAAAUUGCUUCACCAUUAUCAGCUACAUCCACACCUCAAUCCUCCACCAAGCAAACUUCUUCAUCAUCUUCAACAGAAAGUUGUGAACCGACUAACAGUAACUCAUCAAAAAAGAAUUCCAUCACAUCCAAUCCAGAACUCAAUGUUGUGUCACCAGUAUCAUCAAUUACUGACAGUGACGAUGAAAUUAAGGAUGAUGAUGAACCAAAACAUUCAACUCAUCUUAAUGUUCCAAAAGUUUCAAGUCGUUCAAAUUCUCCAACACCUUCUUUAACCAGCGGAGAUAAAGGAAAAUCAAAAAUAUCAGGAAAAACUUUAACUGGUUGGAUCUAA